AUGAAAAUGGGAUGUGGGCCUUUGAUAUGUGUCAACAUCGCUAUCAGCGACAAUCGGAGAAUCAGGUUGGCCACUUCUGCUAAUAAUGUCAACAACAUCAAGUCAGGCAUCAAGAUGUGCAGAUCACGCUCGAUGCAGUGCACAGGAGCGCAAUUUGAGAAUCAAAUGAUGCCAGAGUAUGCAAUUACACGGCAUUUCGGCAAUCUUGACAAAAUCCAGGAGAUUUUGUCGGUUGGCUCGGGAUGGCAAGUCUCUGUUGUGCAUAUGACGCCUUUCGGAAAACGGCAGAAUGCCAAACAAAACGUCUGUUGCGCCUUGGAAGCGAAAGGAAAGCGCAGAAAGGCUGCCAGCGCAAGCGGUCCAACAAGAAGUGGGAGAUUGCCAAGAAGCGGCAACAAGGCAAAUCGGCCUGCUGAUUGGGAAAAAAAAGAGCACACUUGCUUUCUCUCGUACGGUCUGUUCCUGUCUAAGCGUGCAACAUCUCUUUUGGCGUGCUGUGCUCGUUGCUGUGCCUGUGCCAUGUUUUGUGUGGGUUUCUGCGUAAACGGGGCGCGAUGCUUACCAGGAAACAAUGCGUGCAUGAUGGCUAUGGUCUGA